CACCUCGUGUUCUGGCGACAUUGCUCCACUUCGCUGAUUCGCUCUUGUCGCGGUGACAAGUUCGGACGUAUAACAAUACUCAUCCUAUUUCGCCUUCGAUUUGGCAGACGUAACAAUAUCGCAGUAUCGAGCGACCCCCGUGUUUUUGAAUUUGCUCCGAAAUCGCGCGCGACUCUAUACAACAGCGAUAAAUUCACAGCGGACGCAUAUCGUAUAUGUGAGUGAAAAUCGCGACCAACAAACACAUACAUACAUACGUACGUACGUGCGCGAGAGCGCAGGAGCUCCAGUCGAAUUUUAACGGGAACGAUAAAACGCUCGGAAAAGGAAACGCGUUUUUUCCUCCGCAUUCUCCUCGCUUUCUGUUUUGCGACGCGCCACGCCGCGUCGAGUCAUCGACGCGUGUUCUCGAGGUUGGUGAUUGCGAGACACUCGCCGGACGGAGAAUUGGCCAUCUUGGAAGACAGACAUGUCGCUUUGGAAUAAACGUCAACGGCACGGAGUGUUUAUCGCGUACACCUAAAUGCCAGUCGCAGGAGCGACAAUAAUAGUAAAGAGCAGUGACAGCAGCAGCAACAACAUUCACUGAUUGUCGGAUCGACGACGACGACGACGAGCACCACGUCGCAUCACGGCGGUGGUGACACGGUGGCGUAUCUGGCGACACGCGGACGUAUUCCAAAGCGGCCCGUCCUAGUGUCCGCAUCGCACGAUGAAUCGCGGUGACGGGCUGGUGCAGCGACGACGCGUCGUCAACAGCGGCAACGGGGGCGGCGUCGGCGGCGGCGGAGCCGGGGGCGGCAGCGGACACGGCCAGGACGGCGCGAACGCGGACCUCACCUGUCACAAUGACAAGCUGUCGGGCCAGAGCCCGGACACGGAUUGCUUGUCCCUGAAGGAUCUCAAUUGCAAUCCCACCAUCGACGAGGACUCGGAUAAGGAAACCCGGCUGACUCUCAUGGAGGAGGUCCUGCUCCUCGGCCUGAAGGACAAAGAGGGGUACACUUCCUUUUGGAAUGAUUGCAUAAGUUCCGGAUUGAGGGGAUGUAUCUUGGCAGAACUUGGUUUCCGUGGCAGAGUGGAGUUGGAGAAGGCAGGGAUGCGUAAGAAGAGUUUACUGGCGAGGAAACUUGUUCUGAAGAAUGAUGCACCUACGGGAGAUGUGUUGUUGGAUGAGGCCCUGAAACACUUGAAGGACACAGAGCCAGCCGAGACUGUGCAGAGUUGGAUAGAGUAUCUCAGUGGAGAAACAUGGAAUCCUUUAAAAUUAAGAUAUCAAUUGAAAAAUGUCAGGGAACGACUAGCGAAAAAUCUCGUUGAGAAAGGUGUCUUAACUACGGAGAAACAAAAUUUCUUACUGUUUGAUAUGACAACUCAUCCUCUUACUGAUAAUCUUGCCAAAAGUCGACUCGUGAAAAAGAUCCAAGAAGCCGUGUUAGGCCGUUGGGUGAAUGAUGCUGCUCGUAUGGAUAGACGAACAUUAGCAUUAGUUAUUUUAGCUCAUGCAGCUGAUGUAUUAGAAAAUGCAUUUGCUCCAUUAUCGGAUGACGAUUACGAAGUAGCGAUGCGAAGAGUACGGACGUUAUUAGAUCUUGAUUUUGAAGCAGAAGCUGCUAAACGUAACGCCAACCCGGUUCUUUGGGCUGUAUUUGCUACAUUCACCAAGUAACAUUCAUCUCGUAAAUAAGGUGGAAUAAAUAUCGAAUACUAAUGUGAAUAAUAUGAUUACAAAUUUUGCAUGUUUUUUAGUUGUAAUAUGAAAAAAAAGAUCAUUCAGACCAAAUUAUUCGCAUUCAAACUACAUAGGAGACUACUCUUUUUAGGAGAUUACAGUCAUUUCCAUUUAUUGUUAUUUAAUAUAUUUGAUAGCUAAAUAACAAAUGUUCGUAUAUAUACAAAUAUUAUGAAAUUAACAAGUCCAAAAGUGUGAAUGUAUGUUUUGUGCUCGAUAAUGCAAUUUCCACUCGGAGAAAAACGAUUUACAUCGUGCUGAAUUUAUUUCUAUGCUUUUUUGCUUGGUGUCCAUCGUGUUUACGAAUAUGUCCGUUUUCCGUAAACACAAUGUAAGACGCGGGACACUAUGCGGGGUGCCUCAAAAUGGAUGCUAGGUGGUAGUGUGUUGAAGGAAUUUGGAUAUAUAAUUGAAAUAUGUUGUUAGUCAUAAUUGAAAUAUAUGAGAAUAUGUACAUAUAUCUUUUUAAAUUCUAUUUUUUAAUAUACAUGUGCCUCUUUGUUUAUACAUAGUAUCUAUGAUUUUGUGUUAUAUCUGUGCGCGAGCACGAAUUAUUAUUUUGAUUGAAUAUAUUUUAAGCUUUAUAAUUAAUUUUACAUUAAUCUACACUUUCAAUUUUUUUUUCAGAAACGAUUUUUAGAUACCAACUACUGAAAGGUUUUUAGAAUCAUUAACUACUUUCUAUUAUCUUUUUUAUUCAUUAUGUGCAUAAAAUUGUUAGAUAUAAGACGUUACAUAUGGCGGACCUUGUGUGACAUUCGGUAAAAUGUCACAUUUUCCUGAUAAUCAUUUAAAUGUUAUAAAUUCUAUAAAAAAAUUCUCUUUAUGCUCUUUCUAUAUAAAUGUUCACUUCAUACAGAUCAUUAUCUACAAUGUCCUCUGAUAUGUAAAAAGAUUGUAUUAAUAGUAUUACAUGUGUAGUAAUGUAUUCAGAUUUAAAUACAAAAUAUCAAAUUAUUUGUCA